AUGGCGGAGGCCAGCUUGAGGAGCUGGCUGCUCUGGGCCCUGCUCCUGUACUCGGCCCAGGGUGAGCUGUACACGCCCAUCCACAAGGCCGGCUACUGUACCUUCUACGAUGAAUGUGGCAGUAACCCAGAGGUGUCUGGAGGCCUCCUGUCACUGUCCAAUGUGUCCUGUCUGUCCAACACACCGGCCCGCAGCAUCACGGGAGAACACCUGGCCCUCUUGCAGAGCAUCUGCCCCCGCCUCUACACCGGCCCUGACACCACGCAGGCCUGUUGCUCUGCCAAGCAGCUGGUGUCGCUGGAUACGAGUUUGUCGAUCACCAAGGCCCUCCUCACCCGCUGCCCGGCCUGCUCUGACAACUUCGUCAGCCUGCACUGCCACAACACCUGCAGCCCCAACCAGAGCCUCUUCAUCAAUGUCACCCGUGUGGCCCAGCAAGAGGCCGGCCAGCCCCCAGCUGUGGUGGCCUAUGAGGCCUUCUAUCAGAGCAGCUUUGCCGAGCAAACCUACGAAUCCUGCAGCCGAGUGCGCAUCCCUGCAGCUGCCACGCUGGCCGUGAGCACCAUGUGCGGUGUAUAUGGCUCUGCCCUUUGCAAUGCUCAGCGCUGGCUCAAUUUCCAGGGAGACACGGGGAACGGCCUGGCCCCUCUGGACAUCACUUUCCACCUCGUGGAGCCCGGUCAGGCUCUGGAGGACGGGAUGCAGCCUCUGAAUGAGGAGAUUGUGCACUGCAACGAGUCCCAGGGCAAUGGCGCAGCGGCCUGCUCCUGCCAGGACUGCGCUGCAUCCUGCCCCGUCAUCACCCGCCCCCAAGCCCUGGAUGACACCUUCCACCUGGGCCUGAUGCCAGGUUGGCUGGCUCUCAUCAUCAUCCUCUGCUCUGUCCUUGUGGUGCUCACUUCCGUCCUCAUGUGCUUCCGUGCGGCCCCCCGCAAGGACAAGGGCAACAGGGAGGACCCCAAGGCCAGUGCCCGCCUCCCUAACACACUUAGCCUCUCUGACAGGCUCAGCCUCUACACACACACCUGCCUCAGCCGGUUCUUCCAGUGCUGGGGCACGUGGGUGGCCUCAUGGCCGCUGACUGUCCUGGCAGUGUCUAUCGUGGUGGUGGUGUCCUUAGCAGGGGGCCUGACCUUCACAGAACUCACCACGGACCCCGUGGAGCUGUGGUCGGCCCCCAAUAGCCAAGCCCGGAGAGAGAAGGCAUUCCAUGACGAGCAUUUUGGCCCCUUCUUCCGGACCAACCAGGUGAUCCUGACGGCUCCAAACCGGCCCAGCUACAGGUACGACUCCCUGCUGCUGGGGCCCAAGAACUUCAGUGGGAUCCUGAACGUGGACCUGCUGCUGGAGCUGCUGGAGCUUCAGGAGAAGCUGCGGCACCUGCAGGUGUGGUCUCCCGAGGCGCAACGCAAUAUCUCCCUGCGGGACAUCUGCUACGCUCCCCUCAACCCGAACAACGCCAGUCUGUCCGACUGCUGCAUCAACAGCUUCCUGCAGUAUUUCCAGAGCAACAGCACGCUCCUGCUGCUCACGGCCAACCAGACGCUGACGGGGCAGACCUCCCAGGUCGACUGGAGGGACCACUUUCUCUACUGCGCCAACCCCCAGUCCCCUUGGUCAGAAUUCCUGCUCACUGUAGCAGAUUUGUAUGUGGCCUUCACGGUGCCCCAGCCCUGUUUCCAUUCGGUCUUCCUGGAGCACUCCUAA